AGCAAAAUACUGAUUUACAAAAAAUUCAAACUCCCAAAAUAGACAUACACCCUUUAAUACAAGAAUUAAAAAUGGAUCCUUUAGAAGAAGUUUACGUUAAGACUGUUAAUAUAGAUAAAAAUUCUACUGGUAAUCAAUUAUCCGCAAUCAAAUUGAAUUCAAUACUAUACGAGCUAAGCAAGAGGAAAUUGCUAGUUGGUAUUCGUAUAGAAAGUUCUUCGAAAAAAAGACAUAGUGAAAUUUUACCUGAGAUUCUGAAAAAAUAUAAAAAUAUUACAAAACAAAAAGUAUAUGAGUUAGCAAGUAGUCAAAUUUAUGAUGAAAUGUUAUAUUAUCUUUCAGAAGAUAAGAUUUUGCGAAUUAAGACUUAUAGUGCAAAUAAACUUUCAAAAUUAAUUGAUACACAAAUCGAUACAAUCAUAUAUGAAGUGAGUCGUAUUACAAAAAAAUGUAGUACUAACCUCCCACUGCGUGAAAAAAUUUCACGCUCUCACAUGACCAACUCUGAACCUUCCCAUAAUCAAGAUUCAGAUAUAUCAGAAAUCCAG